AUGUCCGUGAUGCGUGCGAUCUUCUUUGUGCUCCCACUCGCGGCAGCGGAGCCCAAGUCGCUUCGCGGAGCCUUUGAUGAGGUGGCCUGCAGCGGCAACGGAGGCCUGGCAGAGCACGCUCCAUCGUGCUACGGAGGCCAGUUUCUUGUCGAGAAAUUCUCGCUCCAUGUCCUGAGCUAUGACGGCUCCACGGGCAUUGUGGACAUGAAGGCGGAAGGUCCCCAGUCGGCCGAAUGUGAUGGUGCAGAGUUCCAGAGUGACGACAACAUGAUCACCAUCGAGAAUGAUCAGGGGUGCGGCUUAGGCAACUACGAGUACUCGGUGAGGUACUGCCCGGAUCAGGACCAUGUCAUCGUGAACCUGGUGAAGCCCUACAACGCCCGCGUUGUCUUGCAGAGCCAGACUUGCCCCAGUGCCGGCGAGGUCCUGGCGGCCAGCGUCUUCUGGCUCGCGCGGAUACACAACUGGACGCUGCUGGUAGUGCCGUUGGCGUGGAUCGCUGCACUGGCCUUCUACCAUGUUCUUCUGGCCUUCUGUGUGAACCCCAUGGUUUUGCCGAAGGAUUUGUCCAGAGUCUCAGAGGCGAGACCGGGGGUGAUGAUGGUGCAGUCAAGAGUCAUGCUGUUGCGCGGCCUGCUUGACCUCGUUGUGGGUGUGGUCAAGGCUCUGAUCCUCUUGGGUGCUUGUCUCUGGGCCUAUCGGAUCCGUCUCCUCUCUGUGCAGAAAUAUGGGUACUUGAUCCACGAGUUUGAUCCCUGGUUCAAUGCGAGGGCCACGAAGUAUCUGGCAAAGCAGGGCUGGCAUGCCUUCUUCCACUGGUACGACUACAUGAGUUGGUAUCCCCUCGGGCGGCCGAUCGGGACCACCAUUUACCCAGGCAUGCAGAUCCUCUCUGUUUGGAUCUGGAGGGCCCUGAAGGUUUUUCCCUCGCCGAGGUCGCCUUUGAAGUGGGAGAUUCCGAGCUCCCUGGUGGAGUCGCUGCCUGCGGGAUGGAUCUCCUACCUCCCAGGUCACGGGAAGGCAGAGUUUUCGUCGAUGAACGUCAACGAUGUCUGCGUGAUGGUGCCAGCCUGGCUCGCAGCCGUCGCCACCUUGUCCAUCUUCCUGCUGACUUGGGAGGUGUCGGAAAGCUCUGGCGCGGGUGUAGCGGCUGCGGUGGUGAUGGCCAUCAUUCCGGCGCACUUGUUGCUUUUGUCCUGUUGGUGCGGUGGAUUGGUGCUCCAUCCCUCCUCCACUGCAUCAGAAGUGGUUCGGUACGUCCAGGCAAUGGCCGAGUGCGAGUGCCGAAAUCAAUGGUUCUUUCUGAUGGAGCUCGAGACGUACCUCCUGGUGAAACCGGAGCAUUGUGGCCCCGGGUAUCACGAGUAUCUCCUGGACCAGCUGCGUCAGAAGAUAGAAGGCACCGUGCAAGACAAAGCCGGGCUCAUCAUCAGUGUCAAGGAGAUCGAACCCACAGACAAAGGCAAGCUGCAUGAGGGGACUGGUCUGAUCAUGGUGCCCAUGAAGUACAACGCCCUAGUGCUGCAGCUUUUCAAGAACGAGGUCGUCGACGCCGUAGUCACGGAGCUCAACAAGUUGGGUUUCUUCUGUGAGGGCUGGAACUACUCCGAGGCCGAAACCGCCGGCGGCGCCUCCUUCGUGUCCGGCGACGGCACCUCCUGGAUCCGCCGCGAUGUCGCCGUGCGUGUGAAGCUCGUCGCCACCAAGCAGGGAAGUGAGGCGCUGCCAACGAGCCAGUUACGGAUGGUGAAGGUUUCGGAUUUGGGAUUUAUGGGGGAUGGCUCAGGUCUGUUUCAGACUUGUGUUGGCUACAGCUUCUUGGUUCCCAAGUACAACAGGUACAGUCAAUACAAAGGCCUUUUGAAUUUGAUAGCAAGGAGAGUUCGACAACGAGUGCGUGGCAAUGGCCGCAUUCUGUACAGCCUUCUGGCGAGUGCCGUGGCGACUUGGGGCGGCUACAUCUUCGUGAAUAACUUGAUCGGACUCCAUGCUGCAGUGUUAGUUGGUCUGGGCAAGUACAACUCCGGCCUCUACCGCGCCUACUCGCUGUGGUACGCGUUGGGGACGGCUAUGGCGACCCUGGUGCCUGUAGUCAGCUGGACGCCGCUGCGAUCGAUCGAGCAGAUGCCCUCGCUAGCGGUUUUUCUCGGCUUUCAGGUUUUAGAACUCUGCGACCUCUACCGGCGGCGGCGAGCUCCAACCAUGAGCGGCCUCAGAUUCUGCCUUCUCCGGGUGGCCGUCUUCGUGUCUAUUGGAGUGGUGGCGGCCGGGGUCUGCUGGGCGCUGAUGCAGUUAAACUACUUCUCACCGUGGUCCGCCCGGAUCCGCGGCCUCUUCCUGAAACACCGGAAGACCGGGAACCCGCUGGUGGAUUCAGUGGCGGAACAUCAGGCUGCCAGCGAUCAGGCCUACGACAUGUACCUGGGCACUCCGAGGUACUUUGCCUUCGUCGGCCUCUUCUUCUGCUGGCACCAGCGGACGCCGGCCAAGAUCUUCCCCGUUUUGUUUGCAGCAGUAGCCUACCACUUCUCGCUGCACCUCGGUGGUUUGGAUCGAGUCGGGCAUGCGAGGAAGAUGAGUCGUCUCCUCAUUAUCUGUGGCCCCAUCGUGUCCAUCCUGGCAGGAUAUCCGGUCGGGAUCCUGGCCGACUGGUGUCUGGAGCAGGUGAAGCGUCUUUUGUGUGGCCCCAGACCGGCUGAAGUCGAGGAGGAGGUUCCGAAGCGCACAGGCGGCAUGGGAUCUAUCUACCGGAUCUGUAAGAUGCUGAUGUGGCCGGUAACCUACACGGACGAAGUCACUGCCGUGGAGAAGUGGUCGACCUACAUCGCGACGAAGCAUCCCCUUGUAGAUCGUUCCGCAAGGCUCCUCCUGGCCGCCAUCCUGGCGAGCUGGGCCUGGCGCGAGGCCCAGGAGCCCUGGGAGAAGUUCGUGCAUCUGUGCUAUUCGCACGCGGAGUCCUUGGCGGGCCCAGGCUUGGCCUACGAAGCGCGACUUCGAAAUGGCAAGACCAUCAUUGUGGACGACUACUACCAAGGAUAUCUCUGGAUCGACAAGAACACGCCGCCGGAUUCCAGAGUUUUGGCCUGGUGGGACUACGGCUACCAAAUCACCGGCAUUGCGAAGCGGACCUCUGUGGCUGAUGGCAACACGUGGAACCACGAGCACAUCGCUACCAUUGGCCGCAUUUUGUCCAACCCGGUGAAGAAGUCGCACAACAUCAUGCGACACCUCGCCGACUACGUGCUAGUCUGGGCCGGUGAGAGGGAGACAGACCUCAGGAUCUCGACCCACUUUGCGCGGAUUGGGAACUCCGUGUUCCCGGACAUCUGCGGGCCCCGGGAUCCGACUUGCAGUAAAUAUGCAGCGUACCCGCAGCCAACGCCGAUGAUGCGUGAGUCCUUCGUCUACAACGCCGUGAAGCACAAGCUCCUUCCCGACGUUGAGUUGAACCCCAAGCUCUUCAAGGAAGUUCAUACGACGAAGCAUGGGCUGAUGCGAAUCUACCAGGUGCUGAACGUCUCGCAGGAAUCGAAGGACUGGGUGGCGGAUCCGGCAAACCGAAUCUGCGAUGCCCCUGGCAGCUGGUACUGCGUCGGGCAGUACCCGCCAGCAUUGAAGAAGCUCAUCGCGAAGCGCAAGAACUUCUCGCAGUUGGAGGACUUCAACCGCAAGCAGACCGAGAAGAGCGAUUACACCCGCCUCAUCGAGAAGCAGCAGCAAGAGACGGGCCGCGAUGCCGAGCUGUGA